ACGAGGUUCGCUUGGGCCCCAUAUAGAAGUGCGUCGCGACGCGGCCGCUAGUUUUGUCCGGUCGUCCUCUGAAUAACAAUAUAUUCAGCAUCAUGAGAUUCCUCUGCCUGAUACUAGCCAUAGUGCCUGUGCUAGGAACGGAAUUCCACGAUCAUGUUCGUGAGCGGAGACAAGCGCAGCAAUCGAAUUACCGAGCUUACAAUCAGGCACCGGCGUCGAUUAAACAAAUAUUGGCGGCGCAGCAGGCCCGCGAUCCGAUCGUUCAUCUCCCGCCGCAACCAGUUCCGAAUCUGGGACCUUCCAGACCCAUCGAGCCUCAGUACAUAAAUCAAAAUCAGUUGUCCUCAUAUCAGCCGAAAGUUCAGGUCGGCCAGGCGCCUCAGCAGCCGACUUACAAGCAAAUUCCCGUAAGACCGGCUCAGUACGCUCCGCCGCCUUCCGCUCGACAACAAUACAAUUCGCAGCCUGCCGCUCAGCCGCAAUACAAUCCGCAAUAUCGCACGAAUUACGCGCCUUCGCCACAAGCGCAGCGGCAACAACCCGCUGAGUCUAAUUAUCAAUACUCAAAUAAUCUGCCGCCGCAGCUUCAGCAGCUUCUGCAAAUUCAGUCGAAUUUGGCACAUCCGGCUACAGUUCCGAUUCGAGGGCAACAACAGCAUCAGGGAUAAUUGAUCAUCCCCCGAGUUGCAGCAUCCAAUCGACCAUAUCGAUAUCAAUACUGUAUUCAUCAUUGCGCACUUUCGGAUGAUCAUAGAUUGUAAUCUCAUCUCAAUCACACAAAUGUUUUUCAUCUCAUCCAUUGCAUUUAUUACUCAUCAGAUUUUGUACUUGGUGAAUUCGAAAUACAUUUUUAUUUUUCGCUAAUAACAAAUAUAGAAAAGAAACUUUUUUUUAUAUAAUUGUUUUUUUUUUUUAA